AUGCCCGAGCUAUCGUUUGCUUCACACUGACAUCAUAGCGGAUUACAAUGUCAAAUAUUUUGGAAGCAGCACUAGCCUCCGGUUUUACACCCCGCGAGAGAGAUUCGUCGUUUAUAUUCCAGUCAUUUGAAAUAUAAAGUUGCAAUAUUUUUCGCAUGAAACAUUUUUGGGGGAUGGAAUGAUACAUUCAAGUUAAGGUUCCACAAGGUUUGCACACUGAACCCGAGCCUGACCCCUGUGUCCCCUGUCUACAGGUCUAUGUAACAGAGAGUGGGUCAGGUCAGGGAUGCUGCAGCAUCGGAGGGAAUCUGACUCUCAUGGCCUGUUUUCAUCUGGAGAGACCUCCGACAAUGACUGUGAGAUGGGGGCAAGUUGUGGAGAAGUUGGCGUAGUGUGUUUGUGUGAGACUGGACCCUGCACACUAUACUCUGAAGCACACACACAGACACCGGACACACUGAAAUGUGAACACUGUGGGAAAAACAGGGUAGUGAUAACCAGGUACUCAGAGGGAUAUGGCACAGAGGAAGAGUGUGCCCUGUCCGAUCCUCAGGGUGACAGCGAUGCAGACGCUGACAUCGAGGACACAGAUUGCAGACUACAGGAGCCAGGUUCUCUCCAGCGAAUCAGUUCGCGGAGACGGAAGCGACCACGAAUAGCACGGCAGGACACCACGGAGAGUGAGGACGAUGGGGGGAGGAGUCACAGGAGUCACCGCUGGAACCUCAGACUCAGUCCCCACCGGGCUCACAACAGAACCUUACUAGAGGAGAGUGUAUCACAGGUCAGACCGUUAGUGAUCUGUCGGCCCAGUAUCAGAGGAGACGGUCAGGUGCCUCCAGUCGAAGGGCCCAGAACUGGCCCAAAAUGGCUCUGGUUCCUGUGGCCCUCGUCUCUCUCCCUGCCUGUCGUUCUCCUUCUCUCCAUUCCUCUCUCUCUCUCCUUAGUCAUCGUCAUCAUAUCUUUCCUGAUGCCUCGGGCCAGUACUUGACCUCACUUCUCUGUUUUAUUUCAUUCAUUGUAAUAUUUUUCAUGGAGUAAUAUAAUUAUGCUUUAAUCACCUCGCGUCACCACAUCAUGUUGUUAAUUCAUGUGUGUAUACUGUAAACAAAUCAUAUUAGACCAUAAGCCAUAGCAGCAUCAGACCAUAAACCAUAGCAGCAUCAGACCAUAAACCAUAGCAGCAUCAGACCAUAAGUCAUAGCAGCAUCAGACCAUAAGCCAUAGCAGCAUCAGACCAUAAGCCAUAGCAGCAUCAGACCAUAAGUCAUAGCAGCAUCAGACCAUAAGCCAUAGCAGCAUCAGACCAUAAGCCAUAGCAGCAUCAGACCAUAAGUCAUAGCAGCAUCAGACCAUAAGCCAUAGCAGCAUCAGACCAUAAGUCAUAGCAGCAUCAGACCAUAAACCAUAGCAGCAUCAGACCAUAAGUCAUAGCAGCAUCAGACCAUAAGCCAUAGCAGCAUCAGACCAUAAGCCAUAGCAGCAUCAGACCAUAAGUCAUAGCAGCAUCAGACCAUAAGUCAUAGCAGCAUCAGACCAUAAGCCAUAGCAGCAUCAGACCAUAAACCAUAGCAGCAUCAGACCAUAAGUCAUAGCAGCAUCAGACCAUAAGUCAUAGCAGCAUCAGACCAUAAGCCAUAGCAGCAUCAGACCAUAAGCCAUAGCAGCAUCAGACCAUAAGUCAGAGCAGCAUCAGGCCAUAAGUCAUAGCAGCAUCAGACCAUAAGUCAUAGCAGCAUCAGACCAUAAGCCAUAGCAGCAUCAUCGCCCUUUUCCACAACAAUAUUUCUGAACAGGCAGCUUGUGCUCUUCAUAUCUCUUUCUGUCUCUCUUUCUGUCUCUCUCUCUCUCUCUCUCUCUCUCUCUCCCACUCAUUUGCAAAAAUAGACCCAUUGGCUUGCUGCUUAUGCUGAAGAUGGUGUGAUAUGUGGGUGGCAAAGGGUUUUAGGGUUACACGUGUUUUGUAGGCUCAAUAGAAAUACAUGUAAAUUACCGACCUAUGCAAUCUACUGUUCCUGCUCUGUCGUCUGUCUGUCUGUCUGUCUGUCUGUCUGUCUGUCUGUCUGUCUGUCUGUCUGUCUGUCUGUCUGUCUGUCUGUCUGUCUGUCUGUCUGUCUGUCUGUCUGUCUGUCUGUCUGUCUGUCUGUCUGUCUGUCUGUCUGUCUGUCUGUCUGUCUGUCUGUCUGUCUGUCUGUCUGUCUGUCUGUCUGUCUGUCUGUCUGUCUGUCUGUCUGUCUGUCUCUGUCUGUCUGUCUGGUAACUGAAUCCAUGCUCUGUCCUUGGCACAUGAGUGAGUGCCCCCCCCCCCCCCCCCACUCUCUCACCCUCUUGUCUCUGAGGUAUUUAGCCUGUGAAUCCAGGGACCCAUAGAUCUAAAUUACAAUUUGGCCUAAUUUAAUGGAAGCAGGAUUGCACAGACAGCCUACUCUGUGCAAUGGCUAUGUCUGAAACGGCACCCUAUUUGCUAUAUGUAGGGAAUAGGGUGCUAUGUCAUUCACAGGAGGAAGUUCAUAAACUAGACUGUAACUAGGUAAGACAGAUAAUCCAGUACACGUAAACCUGUAUUGUACUGUAAGUGUUUGGUUAUGAGGGAACCACCUACUCCUGCUUGUAAACCAGGUUAUUACAAGUUUUAUGUUUUACUGUAUGAAGGAUGUAUUCACCUCCAGCUUAUAAAGUAUGUCUGAAAUCCACUGCUGUGAUCCACUGUAUCUGGGUCAGAGGAGGCUGGUGGAAGGAGCUAUAGGAGGACGGGCUCAUGAUAAUGGCUGGAGUGGAAUAAACCACAUGUUUGACUCCGUUCCAUUGAUUCCAUUCCAGCCAUUAGAAUGAGCCCUUUCUAUAGCUCCCCAUCAGCCUCCAGUGAUCUGGGUGUUAGUUAAUUUACAUUUAUAACCCCAAAAAAUGAUCACAAUGUAUGUUCAUCUUUAUGCUUCAUUGGGGCCACAGUAAUCAAAUAAAGCUAUAUUGUAUUUUGA